UGGGCUGCUGAGGCCCCGCCCUCGCCGGCCGGUGUGCGGCCCUGGCCGCUCGAGCCCAUGAAGGGGUCUCGGUGGCUGCGGUCCCCGGCACUGGUGCUGCUGCUCCUGAGGCCGCUGCUCGCUUCCGGAGACUCCGUGUCCCGCCUGCAGAUCCAAACCAUGAACCCGGGCGGCGGCGCGCGGGGCUUCCCAGAGGGCAGCCACCGUCUACUGCGCUUCACGGUGCCGGGCUCUGACCCGGAGCGCAGCAAUGAACUGCUCCUGCUGACGGCCGGGAAGGGAGACUCCCCUGAGCAGCCGCACCACGUCCUCUACUUCCCCGGGGACGUGCAGAAUUACCAUGAGAUUAUGACUCGUCAUCCUGAGAAUUAUCAAUGGGAAAAUUGGAGUCUAGAAAAUAUUGCUACCAUUUUAGCCCGCCGUUUUCCCAAUAGUUAUAUUUGGGUAAUAAAGUGUUCCCGAAUGCAUUUGCACAAAUUCAGCUGCUAUGACAAUUUUGUGAAGAGCAACAUGUUUGGUGCACCAGAACACAGUCCGGACUUUGGAGCCUUUAAGCACUUAUAUAUGUUACUAGUUAAUGCUUUUAACUUAACUCAGAACAGUCUGCUGUCCCAAAGCAUGAGUGUUUGGAAUAAGGAUUGUAAAGCAUCUAACUGUGAGUCUAAUUCUUCUGCUAGUAAUGGUGGCCAGGAGAAAAACGGGAGGACCUGUGAGUAUGCUGACGAGCUGUCCAUGAGUUUUGCUCCACUGUCAUUGGAUGGUGCAUCGUUUACUUUGAUUGGAUUCAGUAAAGGCUGUGUUGUUUUGAAUCAGUUGCUGUUUGAGUUGAAGGAAGCCAAGAAAGACAAGAACAUAGAUGCGUUCAUCAAAAGUGUAAGAACAAUGUACUGGCUGGAUGGCGGACAUUCUGGAGGAAGCAAUACGUGGGUCACAUAUCCAGAAGUCUUGAAAGAAUUUGCUCAAACAGGGAUUACUGUUCACACUCAUGUAACACCUUACCAAGUACAUGAUCCAAUGAGAUCCUGGAUUGGAAAGGAGCACAAGAAAUUUGUUCAGAUACUCGGGGAUUUGGGUAUGCAAGUGACCAGUCAAAUUCAUUUUGCGAAGGAAACUCCUUCCAUAGAGAAUCAUUUCAGGGUUCAUGAAGUAUUCUGAGACUAUUAAUGUGCUUACUUAAUGGGAGAAUAAAUAUUUUGAGUAUUAUAAAUGCAGAUGAUGAGAUGCAAGGUUAACGAUGUAUCAACAGUUUGUGGGCUAAGAAGAUGCACAUUCCAAAGUAUGAGUGUCAAAUGCAAUAGGAUUCUUUGCUUGUAAAUGUGAGCAGUUUUAAAUUCUGAUUGGAUUAGAAUUAGUUUGAAAUCUAAAAGGGUAAUUUGUGCUAACUCUAUGACCAUUAAAAUGAAAGCAACCAUGUUAGUUUUUUUAAAAGAUAACAAAAUUGGUAUUGGAAAUAGCUGACUUUCCUGAGACCUAUUUUAAUCUGACUUUGGUAGUAACAGCAUUGAGCUGUUGACUAGAGACAUUUCACUUCUCUCUGUCCAUCACCCUCUCCAGACAACUGCACUCUGCAUCCAGACUCCUGGGGUUUCUGAACCCCUGGACUUAUUCUCAGUGUUCCACCAAGUGUUUUGUUUUGUUUUGUUUUAAAGUCAAAAUAUAUUUAUCCCCUCAUAUCCAAGAUCAUAGAAUUGUAUAGUUGGGUUUUAAAACAUAUUACACUAAGCACUGUAACGUAAUUCUUAAUUGUCGGUUUUUAAUUAUUUGUUAGUGUGCUUUCAAAACAAGACAGAUUUCACAGACCUAAAUCAGCAUUUCUUCAGAAGCAUGGUUUUGUCUGCCAAGAGAAAAUAGCUUUCUUUGGCCAAAUGUAAAAUUAAAUUGAUGAGAUAAGAAAGGUUACAAAAGAAGGUUUGAAGACACAAAUAAUUUAAAUUUUGGCCCAGAAACUGAAUUUGCUUAACACUGCUACAUAAUUUGGGCACAUUUGUCUUUACUAGAAAAAUGCAUUUUGAGAAACCUAGAUCUAAUGAAUUUCAAACAAUAUUGGAACAUAGCUGUGUAGUUUUAAAAAGUGGUCAGGCACUUUUUUAUUUAUAAAUAAUGAAAUAACUAAACAAGGAACUAAAACCUCUGCUUUGGGAUUGGCAAGAAACUACUAAAGAAUGGCACCUCCCAGGCCCAGUGAGCUUGUCUAUCAAAUAAUAUGAAAGUGUUAAGUUUUUGAUUCCUUCCAAAAUUACAUCUUAAUCAACCUAUAACUAUAUUCCAAAUAUUGACUCAUGAUAAAGAAUUCCUUCACACACGGUGUUUAAAAAUGAACAUGAUUCCAUCAAUUAAAGUUGAGUGUACAUUUUCAUAAGUAAUUUUAUAUUGUUCCACUUUCUUUGAAUAUCCAUUCUUUUGAGAUCAACACUACUUCUCACUGUAGAAACAACUCACCUGGCUUCUAACUUACUGUUUCCUUAAUGUUAAGCACUGUGACUGGAUGGCUAUCUUCAAUUUUUUAAUAAUCCUCAAAUGUGUCAAUAAUGUAAAACUGCUUAACUACUGAAUGGUCAUACAGAGGGGAAAGGCUUUUUAGUUCUCACAGGAUUAACUGAAGUAGAAAGAGGGGUUUUUAAGAACUCACUGAGUUAGUUCUUCGCCUCUCCACAUAAAUGUUCAAAUGUUACAAGUUAAAGUGGAUGUUGAUCAGACAGACACUGAGCCGUCACCUCUGGAGAGUGUUAAUACAGAGUGUUAGUACAGAUGCUUAGGAGUGGAAAUGAUUGAGUUGACCCUCACACAGGUAUUUCUGUUUAAUACUUCAAACUGGUCCUUUUCUUCAUCUGUUUAAAAUUGUAUGUUAAUUUUUUAUGGUAAACAUGCAUCCUACUUGAUUGUGCCUUUGUAAUGAGUCACUGAGACAAAUGUGAACGUUGUUACCACUACAGCAUGAAUGUAUAAUUAUAAUUAAUAAUAAUAAUCCA